GUCUAUAUGCUGACUGAGCAUGGGAGAUGAGCUGGUGCUCUUGUAAGUACGCCCAGAACUGUGUCAAAACUACUUUCUCUAUGAUAUUUGAGAGAAAAGACAAGUUGGAAGCUGGGUGAUAGUUGUUCAACAUGUUGACGUCAAGCGGGAUUUCUUAAGAAGUGGCUUCACCAGGGCUUUUAAACAAAGAUGGGAAAACGCCUGACAAGAUCAUGGCAGUUGGAGCUGACAGCUCAGCUGUGAUCACUGGGCACCGCGGUGGGGCAAUAUAUCUGCCAGAACAUCACGCUGGUCGCCCUUUGCGGUGGUUUAUUUGCUCUUUAUACUUGAAGGAGCCUCCAUUCCACCAGCUCUGCAAAACACUCAGUUGGUCCAACUGAAGGACCCACACUGUGGAAGGGACCAAUGUCUAUGCAUUGGUUAAAUUGCACAUCAUUGCCACUUUCUGCAUAAGGAUUUCGACUCAUUGCCGACUGUGAUCCUCUUUCAGAAAUCGAAGUCAGCAAACUCAGUAAUGACCAAGCCUACUUGUACAAAAUGAUCAUAGCUAUUAGAAGUGGAAGCAUCAGUGACGAUUUACUGCAGGAAAAGCCUGGGUCCAUGUCGAUGGCCAGAUGGCUCACAACUGCUAGCAGGAUAUGGGGGCUGUAUGUGGCAAAAGUGCAACCAAGUAACGAACUGUAUUCCCUGGCACACUUCAUCGUCUACUGCUAUAGACCUGUAUGAUUUAGCAUCAAGUGUCACCCAAAAUGCACCCACGAACCAAAGCCCUUGCUUCAACAAAUUAAGCAACAGAGUUUAUCAUCGGCCAGCAGGAAUAUAACAUGGCCCGCAGUACAACGAAACACAUACUUGGGCCCAUCAGGAGAAUGUUCUUCUGUGGAUGCUUGGAGAUGACGAUAGAGUCAAAAGAAAGACAGCAGUAGACAUAAUAAAGACCACUUGCCAAUCAGCUGGUGGGUCUCAAAAGCAAACCAGAGAAUUCCCACUACCCAAACUAAAAAGAGAAUGCUCAAACAUUGCAAUGGAAGCACUCUCAAAAAGCACCUCUGAGAUGAAGAACUCUAGCCACUCAGUCCUUCAUUAGAUACCUUGCCACUCUCAGGGAGUGGAAUGCUAUGUCAGGACAGUGAGUGAGGCAUCAAAAUCAGUCUGUGGGAUGGAUGCAAGGGAUGGUUACAUUCCAGCUGUCAUCAGGUCAAGAGACUUUAUGCUGUCAUUUCAGACUUUCUUUUACCUUGUGACUAGAAAUGAAAACCGGUGCCUAUACUAUUGAUAAUUAUUGUCUAACACUGCAAAUGUUAUCAGAAACUGAUUUUUCUUGCAGUUAUUAAAUAUUUUGACAAAAGAGGAAACAGUUAAAAAAAAUUAUUUUUGUCUUUUAGGGGCAGAAAAGGGAGGUGUUCUCCUGGUUGCAGAUUACUUUGCUGUACAUUUUUGAACUUCGCAUACCUGGUUGUACAAAACCCCAAAUGUGCUUGUUGAUCCAUUACAAUUCAUUGGAUGACCAUGGGCGUGUAUUUAUGGACUGAUUGUACGCCGAGACUCACUCUUGGCCUCUUGCGAAGUGAUCCGCUGUUAGUCUCGGCGAGCCGUAACAAAAAAAAAUGUGAAUAAACCGUAAGCUAUAUCGUUUAAUGCCUCGUUUUAGUACUUAAUCGAAAAUGUGAAUAAUACUGGAAGCUUACUGGUAUGGAGCCUCGUUCUAGCAGUGAAGUGAAAAAAAAAAAAAAAAAAAAAAAAUCGUCUGCCAGCUGUCCAUCCGUGGGAUGACGCUGAACCCUACUCCACAUAUUUGGCGUAAGCAUUAUUUUAUUAGUAUGAACUUGAUGAAGUGAGACACUAAUUCUGUUUUCACUAAUCGUUCUUGAUAUAUGAACAAAAUAAUGUUGAGCGUAAAACACCUCGUGCUCCACUUCGACUGCUAAUCGAACAUUGUUUCAUCACUUCCGUUUUAGGACCGGUCAGGUAAGCAGCAAUUACUUCCUCACAAACGUUUAGUAGCACCGCAAGUAACGAAAACUCAGCCUAACGGUUGCUAUAAAUUUUUUUUUUAUGUCUCACAAAGUUUUAAAUCUUUUCGAAUUUCGUCAAAGUUAAAAUGGAUUAAGCCGCCAACAGUGCGGAGCAGACCGUUGCCAUGCACAGCAAAGUUGGAUCACGAACUUGCAUUACCGUGGUUGGAUGUAAUUUGCGCUGUGCGGAAAGGGUGUGGGUAAUCGGGAUACCCCGCCCAAACUCCCGGUGACCAAUUGUUUAAGAGAACAGAUUGUCACAUUCAGGGAGAGUGCUUGGAAAAGAGAUCACAACACAGGACCUGAUCGACACUGACAAGUUAAAGCUUCAAAGACUAACACUGAGGAAAAUCAAAACGUCAAAGACUUUAAUAAUAUAAAUAGCAUCAGUCUCAAGAACAUCAUACAGCAGAUUAUUUGUGAGAAUUAUGGCAGGUGUACCUAAGAUAACUGAGCCAGUAGGUAUACAGACACCAGAUGUUCAUGAAUGGAGGCGUUCUUUACGUUUGUCAAGCUCAUCAGAUGCUGUGCGCAAUACACCAUCUCAGACUAUGCCUACAGUAAGGUCACGAACUCCAUCUCCAAGUACUCGUAGUGGUUCACAAAAUCCUUCAUCAAGAAUCACCAUCGUAAAGCAUUCCAAAGAUGUUGGCCAGACAGUGUCCACAAAGUCUUCAGUCAGCAGCAUCUUGCAUAAAAGUACAGGCAACAUGGCUGAUUUAAAUUUUAGCAGCAAAACUAGCAAGUCUGGUGAAUUGGCAAACAUUGAAGUAGAGUACAUUCGCAACUUGCAGCAACAGAUCUAUUUUCUAGAACUGGAAGCCAAUUAUUUAAGAGAACAGACCCACAAAGCCACUCGCUUGCACUCUCAGAUGGUGCUUGAAGCUGAGCGUAUGGUGUCCAAGCUUCGUGAUAUGCAAGGAGAGAUAGAUGACAUGAAUGUCGAGAUGCAAAGAAAGGAGUCCAAGAUCAAUAUUAUAGCUGCUGAAAAGGAUAAACUUGAAAGCCAGCUUCAUGAAGAAGAGGUGGCAAGAGGAAAGGACAAACAACUACUCAUAAAUGAAGUUGUAACCCUAAAAACUGAAAAGGAUCGUCUGGAGCAAGAAUUGAACCAUAAAGACAACCAGUUACUGGAAGCUAAAUCUGAAAUAGACAAAAGUACUAUUGCACUAAAAAAUUCUGAGAGACAAAUCCAGACACUUAAAGCCCAGUUAGAGCAGAGAAUUGAACAGCAUAGACUCACUCAGCUGGCCCUAGAUGACAAGCGGACAGAGCUCGUUUCAAUGGAAACACAACUACGAGAGGUAGAAGAGAAGUAUUACAACAGUACCAUUCAAAUACAGGACAAGGUCACCCAAGACCUCAGGGAUGAAAUUCGCUUUCUGCGUCAGAAGCAAAAAGAGACUGAGCUUAGUGCUGAAAAGGAGCGCUACCUUUGUGAUAAGAUUAAUGAAGAUAGUUCACAUCUGGUGCGUGAAAAUGCUUCACUCAGUCAGCAAAUUUUUGAGCUGCAGAAACAGCUUGAAAGGGAAAAGAGGUUGCAUGAAAACAAUGAGCAGCGUCAUUCACUUAGAAUCAAUGAGAUGGUGGUUCUUCGGGACAAGGAGAGUGCUCUGAGACUGGAAGUGGACAGAUUGACUGAGCAACUCAGAAAGGAACAGGAAACAAACCAGUGCAUCCUGGAUCAGCCUCCUUUAGGCAUUUGCCAUGCAGGGGGAACCAUGUCGGGGGAGAAUGGGAUCCUGGAGGUUGAGGUCCCUGAUGCUGUCACAAAAGGAAACAUCCUGAGUGCUGCAGAACUGAAGGUGAACAAGCUUCAAUCCCGAAUCAAUGAACUUGAGGGUCUUCAUCAGGGUAGCGAUGCAGGCGCCCAACUCAGACGAGACAAAAUUCUACUAGUAGAUCAUGUGGCAGAGUUGCAGAAAAAGGUAGAACAAAAAGAUCACACUAUCAUUGAACUGAAAGCUGAAGCAGCCAGCAUUGAGACUCAUCUAAAGAAGGCCGAAUAUCAAAAAACACUGGAGCUUAAUGCGCAGUCACAGAAAUGGGAAGAGUUUGGGCGUUUGGCAGAGAGCAUGCGCAGUCUUUCCUCAACUAUGGCUCAGACAACUUUCCCACGAAGUAGGAACAGACUUUAUCAAUUCUGAGCUCAGUAAGCUUCAAGCUGACCAUUGUAUUUAAACACCUAUAAAAAUAGAUUUUUUUAAUAUCCAAAUGAAGGGCUCAACACAAGAAAGUGGUUUGCUUUUGUAGAAUUUGGAAAAUGUGAGUGCACCAUUAGAAUAUAUGUCCACUGAUUAGAUCAGUUGGAGUUUAAUAAGCAGGAAUGAGUAUGUAUUUUUAUUUGAUUUUAAAAGCUAGAAAACAGCAAAGUACGUUGAUUUAUUGUACAAGAAACAUGAGCUACAUCUAUACAGCAGUUCAGCUGCAGUGAUUUAAAAGGACUGAUUCCCUUUACACAUAAGUAUGUCAUCAACAGUUUCGGUGGCAGAAAAGGGGUGAUAAAUUUCAGUAGAUGGUACAAUCCCCCGAGGACUUCAUGAUCCAUCGACAUUUAGCUUUAUAACACUGACAUUUAUCCACCAGAAAGUCAUUUCAUUAACCAAAUGAUUUAUUUGGGAGUAGACAUGGCGCUUGGUUUGCGAUGUUUGCCUCAACUCGGCCGACUGGACAAAGUGGCACCUCUAUAACUCUAUGAAAACCUGUCAUGAACAAUUUGGAUCUAAUUGUAAUUGUAAUUGUCAUUCACCUUCAGGAAAACACUCCAGCAAAAUGUUCAGACUAUUCUUUAUCUUUUUGAUGCUGCUGCUAUGUAUCAAUAUAUCAAAACAGUCCCUUACUUCUGCAUUUACCUCAUCGGAUCAAGGUAAACAAAACAGUUUUUGGCUGUAGUGUAGAGAAGGAUAAAAAGAAAAUCAUGACUGAACCAAUUUGAGGUGCUUUUCACUAUAUCUGCUUCUGAAAACUCUGUAAUUUGAUGUGAAACUAGUUUGAAUUAGGACUUUUCCUGAUAAAGGCGUUACGCAGUGUUUUUUAUUGACACUUGUCACAUUUGUAUUCUCCUGUUGAUGUUUAUUGCCUUCAUGGUGAUUCUACAUUUCGUUAUCAUAUACCAUGAGCUGGACAGUCGGAAUCAUUGGUAUUGGCAGAAUCAAUAAAUCAUUGACUGUGUAACAGUCAUUUGUGUAGCAAA